AUGAGAAACUCUUUGUUCGUUUGUGUACUCAUCUUUAGCCAAUUGGGCUACGUAUUGACAACACUUGUUGAUGGAAUUGUUACUUUGUCUUGGUCACCGUCCGAACCGACACCCAUUAUCGAUCGUUUUCUGGUGAAUAACACCCAAAUACAAUUGAAAAUUCUUUGUCGAGAAUCAACAACCAAUGUUAGCACAACGCGCGAUCAAAUCAAAAAGAAAGUUUAUAAAUUAGACAAAACUGUCAAAGACACAACAAUCAAAAUUCGCGGACGGAUCGGUUAUGUUGUUGGAUGUUUACCGUUGCAAUCGGAUACGUUAAUAAGUGCAACACAAGAAGAUAAAACUUCACAAAAGUCUAUUUUUCAAGGUUAUUAUGACGAAAUCUGGAAAGAAAUGGAACAAAGAACAUUUGUUGCUUCUCAAAUCGAUUGUGAUUAUUCGGGAACACACUUAUUCAUUGAACAAUAUUCCGAGAUCAAACCACCAGAAAUUUCUCAAAAAGAAGCAAUCAAAUUACGAGAAAAACAAAUGCAAACAAACAAUAAUCAAAAAGUUCGACGAGAAACUCAAUCUAAGAUUUCUUCUAACACGACUCAUUCAAAUACAGGAACAUUAUUAACAUGGGCGGAUGGAUAUUAUCUCAUCGAAAUUCAUACGCCAGAUAUUUCCGGAGGAAAUGGCUUAGCAUUGGACGUUGAUAUUGAAGUAUCGAUGAAAAAUCCAUCGGGAAAUUAUAUCACAGCUGAUGAACACCCAGCUUUGGUUUUCUAUGGAGUCAUGUGCGUAAUCUAUGCAUUAUUUGCUAUUUUAUGGUUUAUUUGGUGUGCGUUUUAUUGGAAAGAAUUACUUAAAAUACAAUUUUGGGUUGGUGGAGUUAUUCUCAUUGGAAUGAUCGAAAAAUCUGCAUUUUUAGCGGAAUAUGAUACGUUAAAUCGAAAUGGAUAUAAAGUUCAUUAUGCCAUUGUUACAGCUGAAAUUCUUUCAUGUUUAAAACGUAGUGUCUCACGUAUGUUAGUCGUGAUUGUUGCACUUGGUUAUGGAAUAGUUAAACCCCGUCUUGGACCAUUGAAACAAAAAGUAAUCGCCAUGGGAGUUUUAUUUUUUACAAUUGCAUCUAUCGAAGCUCUUCUACGAAUCAACAUAAAGCACGAUGAAGUUAAUAAUAAAGUUUUGAUUUCACGUCUUAUAUUAGCUGUUGUUGAUGCAAUUAUUUAUUAUUGGAUAUUUACGGGUUUAGUGGCAACAACACGAACAUUGCGUUUGAGAAAAAAUUUAGUUAAAUUGAAUGUUUAUCGACAUUUUACCAACUCAAUUUUGUUCGCCAUUUUAGCCAGUGUAUUAUUUAUGAUCUGGUCGUUAAAAUCACACUUUUUCACAACGUGUAUUACCAAUUGGAGAGAAUUUUGGGUUGAUGACGCAUUUUGGCACAUUUUAUUUUCAAUCAUUCUGCUUGUGAUUAUGUUUUUAUUCCGCCCAUCAAAUAAUAAUCAACGUUAUGCAUUUGUUCCAUUACUUGAUCAAUCAGAUAAUGACGAUGAUGAAUUCGCUGAUGGAGAUGACGAACGAAGAGAACCUACAGUACUCGAUUCGAUUACAAUGCGAAAGGCAUCCAACAUAGAGAGUGGUGGAUCGACAAAAGCUAAAAAACAACAACAACAAGCAUAUCUCAAUCGUGAAGCCAAUGUUGUCGGAACAGGUGUAGGUAAUACAGUUGAAGAUGCUCUAUCAUGGGUUGAAGGCAACAUUCCAACUUCAAUCGCUGAUCAAGCAUUACAAGCUCUAGAUAGUGAAGAUGAAAUAAUGAACACAAAAUUAGAAAGAUCGAAAAUGCAGUAA